AUGGUAGGCCAGAGAGUGUUAUUAUGGUUGGCUGUGGUGGGCGUGGCAGAAGUGGGCGUGUCAGCUUUGUUGGACGACGUGGUGGACAGCUUGCGAAAUCUUCCGGUCAUCGGCAACAUCCUGCAGGCUUCAUUCCAUCCUGUUUUCCGCCCCGUGAUGCCGUCGUUGCAAGCUGCAGGACACCGAGAGAGCACCGACGAGGACCUCGAGAGCCCCUGCUAUGAGGACCUGGGAUGCCUCUACACAUCAAAGGAAUUCUACCACCCGUUCCACCGUCCCGUGAACGUCCCGCCGUACUCCAGGGAACAGGUGAACGUCAAGUACACUCUGUACACGCGCAAGGACCGUGAGGGAACGACCGUCGGCGCCCAGGACGUGAAGCAGCUGGUCAACACGAGUUUCAGUCCUUUUAAGAAAACUAAGAUUCUUAUCCAUGGGUUUCUCAGCACGAAUACGGUGACGUGGAUGUUGGAGAUGACCAGGGCCUUACUCGUGCACGACGACUUCAACGUGGUGGCCGUGGACUGGUCGGGGGGGUCGAGGGCCCUCUACACGCAAGCCACGGCCAACACGCGCCUCGUAGGGCUCGAGGUGGCCCACUUGAUACGACGUCUGCAUGAGCUCUCGGGUCUCAGUCCUCAAGAUGUCCAUAUCAUUGGCCAUUCGCUCGGGGCUCAUGCGGCAGGGUACGCGGGCGAGAGAGUGACCGGCUUAGGGAGAAUCACGGGCCUGGAUCCAGCCGAACCGUAUUUCCAGCAUCUGUCUCCCCGCGUCCGCCUCGACCCGACCGACGCCGCGUUCGUCGAUGUUAUCCACACCGACACCAACUCUAUCCUCGCCCUGGGCCUGAGGCAGCCGGUGGGGCAUCUCGAUUUCUACCCGAAUGACGGAGGCGCUCAACCCGGCUGCGAGACCAUUGCCCGGGUACCUCUGACGGCGAUGACGGACGGCAAGAAUAUCUUUGAGGGUCUCGACGCAGCGCAGAGAGACCUGGUGGCUUGUCGACAUUACCGCGCUCCUAAGCUCUUUACCGACGCCAUAUUUUCGUCCUGCCCGUACAUAGCUUUCCAGUGUGAGUCGUACAAGCAGUACCUGGCCGGACAAUGUACGAGCUGCGGCGAGGACGGUUCAAAGUGCGCGCGUUUAGGCUUACAGGCGGAGAGGUGGCCGGGGAGAAACCGAACCCAGCGCGCCGCCAUGUUCCUCUCGACAGCUGAUGGACCCAACUAUUGCUUGUACCAUUACCGAUUGAUUAUCGAAGUGGCUCACAUAAUCGGGAGAUUGGGCUCAGUCCGCGGACACUUGCAUAUCUACGCCAUCAACGCCAACGGACAGAUUCGCGAGCUUCACAUGGCUCACUCGGCGAAGACCUUCCACCCCGGCAGGAGCUACACUUUCCUGGCACAUCACCGACAGGACCUGAGUGACACACAGGAGAUCCUCGUCCACUGGAGUUACGAGGCGAGUCCCUUCGACCCUUCCACCCUCUGCGUCCUCUUCUGCGACACCAGUCUUCCUCUGGGCAGCAUCUCCUUCUCCAGCGUGGAUCAGGUGGCGAAUAGACGAUACAAGAACUACAUCUCCGAAGGACCAGACAACGUGGCCAUGUGUCACAAGCAAGGCCACAACCUCAUCCUCAUCAAGAGCGGGGAGACCGUGAAGCUGGCGUCAUCCCCCAAGUGUGACCUUGUAACCAGGCGGCUCCUGGUGCUCCUGGAUGCCGUGUCCAGGCCGAUUCGUUACGUCAAAGCGAUAUCCGAUUCUCCCAACCUAAUCGAGCCUGUGAAUUGGGUCGCGGUUCGGUAGGUUAGGGGAAGUUGGGUUGGGCUUCGAAAUCUGGGUUAGGUUCGGGUGUGGGUAAGUUUGGGAAAGUUGGUAAGGUGAAGUGGGAUAGGUUGGGUUGGGGUGUGGGGAAGUUAGGGUAAGUUAGUGGGGUGAGUUGGGAUAGGUUUGGUUGGGUGUGGGCAAGUCCGGGGUAAGUUAGGGAUAGGGCAGAUGAAAGUUCGGGUCGGUUAGGAUAGAUUUAGGUGAGUUUGCCUAAGUUCAGGAUAUGUUAGAAUACGUUCCGGAGGAUAGAUUAGGGUAUGUUGGGGUACGGUAGAAUAAGUCAGCAUUGGUUUGAGCAGAUUUGGGUAAGUUUACGUAAUCUAUCAUGAGUCUGGAUAAACAAGAGUGUGUAGGGAUAGUCUGGGAUGGGAUAAGUAGAGGUCAAGGUAUGUAACUAUAGAUUAUUAGUUCUGGUAGUUCAGGAUAAAUUUUAGAAUAGGUUAGGUUUGGUUACAGUCAGUUGAAGAUCAAGAGAAUCGGUUUGUUUA